UGCGCAGUUAUCGUUCAGUAGCAGUGAGCUGAGGCUCGAGAACUACAGCAGAAAGACAUAAAUAACAACACUACAUUAGUAGUCCCGGUGUCUUCAGUAUGAUGUCGGGUGGUCCAGCAGUUUGUGUGAGCAUUGAGUCGUCCUGUGAGCGGCAGGUACAGGAAGUGUCUCUGGAUGGGUUGGAGACGUAUGUCCCGCCACUGUCCAUGUCUCAGAAUCUGGCUAAGCUCGCUCAGAGGAUCGACUUCGGCCAGAGCUCAGAUUCGGAUGAAGAGCGCACUGAAGGAGAGAGAAGGGAUGAGUGGAGCAAACUGGAACCAGAGGAGGACGAGGGUACAGUGAAGUUCCAGCCAUCGCUGUGGCCGUGGGACUCUGUGCGUAACAACCUACGUAGUGCGCUAACAGAGAUGUGUGUGCUGCAUGACGUCCUCUGCGUGGUCAAAGAGAAGAAGUAUAUGGCGCUCGACCCAGUGUCCCAGGACCCCACUAUGGCAAAGACUCUGCAGGUUUUCCAGUUGAUCAGUAAGAAAAAGUCCUUGGCCACUGCAGCCCAGCUGCUUCUUAAAGGUGCAGAGAAACUGACCAAGUCAGUGGCAGAAAACCUAGAGCAGCGCAGACAGAGAGACUUUAACUCCGAACUGCUGCGUCUGCGCUCGCAGUGGAAGCUGCGGAAAGUCGGAGACAAAAUCUUGGGAGAUCUCAGUUACCGCAGCGCUGGGUCACUGUUCCCCCAUCAUGGCACAUUUGAGGUUAUAAAGAACACCGAUAUCGACCUGGAUAAGAAAGUUCCAGAUGAUUACUGUCCUCUCAAUGUGCAGAUCCCCAGUGAUCUGGAAGGCUCUGCUUAUAUCAAGGUGUCCAUUCAGAAACAGUCACCUGAUUUAGGAGAUCUCGGCACAGUGAAUCUCUUCAGAAGACAACCCAAAGCCAAACCAGGUUCUCAGAUGUGGCAUUUAAAGCUAGAAGCCGCUCAGAACGUGCUGCUGUGUAAGGAGAUUUUUGCUCAGCUCUCACGUGAAGCUGUUCAGAUCAAAUCCCAGAUUCCUCACAUUGUCGUCAAGAAUCAGAUCAUCUCGCAACCGUUUCCUGGUCUACAGCUGUCCAUCUCUCUCUGUCACUCAACUGGAGAUAAAAAACACCAGAGAACAUCCCCAGACAAGAGCAAACCAGACGACCACCUGUAUGUGUUAGAGCACAACCUGCACCAGCUCACACGAGAGUUCCACAAGCAGACGCUGAGUUCAUUGGUGAUGCCUCAUCCAGCCAGCGCUCCGUUCGGACACAAGCGCUUGCGCUUAGCAGGACCGAUGGCGUAUGAUAAAGCAGAGAUCAGCUCCCUGCAGCAGAGUGAAGGACUGCUGGAGAAAAUCAUCAAACAAGCCAAACACAUCUUCCUCAGAAGCAGGACGGCACGGACCAUCGACAGUUUGGCGAGUCGCAUUGAGGACCCUCAGAUUCAGGCUCACUGGUCCAACAUUAACGAUGUGUAUGAGUCCAGCGUCAAAGUGCUCAUCACUUCACAAGGAUACGAGCAGAUCUGCAAAUCAAUCCAGCUGCAGUUAAAUAUUGGAGUGGAGCAGAUCAGAGUUGUGCACAGAGACGGACGCGUCAUCACGCUAUCACACCAAGAGCAGGAGCUGCAGGACUUCCUGCUGUCACAGAUGUCGCAGCAUCAGGUGCAUGCCGUGCAGCAGUUGGCUAAAGUCAUGGGUUGGCAUGUGUUGAGUUUCAGUAAUCACGUGGGUCUUGGCCCCAUCGAGAGCAUCGGGAACGCCUCGGCCAUCACUGUCGCGUCUCCAAAUGGCGACUACGCCAUCUCAGUGCGUAACGGUCCAGAGAGCGGCUGUAAGGUUCUGGUCCAGUUCUCUCGCAGUCAGGCUAAAGAUCUGCCCAAGAGUGACGUGGUGCAGGAUGCUAAAUGGACUCACUUGAGGGGCCCGCAUAAAGAAGUGCACUGGGGCCGAAUGGAGGGAAGAAACUUUGUUUAUAAAAUGGAGCUGCUCAUGGCCGCACUGACACCGUGCCCCUGAUUAUAGAAUUACUGUAACCGGAUGCUUCUGUUGUUCCAUUUCUUCUCUCAAUGCUUCUCACUCCUUCAUGGGGCGUCAGUUCAUUUGAAUGAGAAACAUUUUCCGUAUUAUUCAUUUGACACCAGCACUGCUAACACUGAGGGAUGUCAUCUGUAAAUGAGUCCUGAGAUGCUCCUAAUCUUCAAACAUGGAAUUGGCAUGUCAUUUUUCUAGGAAACAUUUUUGGAAAU